AUGUCGUCGGCGUGCGACCCAUGCUCCGGUCUCCGGGAGCGGCUCGGUUACGUGCAGUGCAACCUGUGCGACACCGUGUUGCUGGUGAGCGUGCCGUGCAGCCGCGUGCUCAGGGUGGUGGCCGUGCAGUGCGGCCACUGCUCCGGCAUCCUCUCCGCCGUCAGCCUACCGCCGCCGCCACUGCCGCCGCCGGCGUCCGUCGAGAUACGUCCUCAGGAGCUUGAUGUUGAACCGCCGCCAAGGGAGUACUCUGAUGAGAGCAGCGGAGACGACAGGGAGGGAGGAGAUGCAGAGGACGAUGUCCCUGCUGCUGCUGCUGCUGCUAACAAGCCGCCGGGGAGGAGGCAGCGGACGCCGUCAGCCUACAACUGCUUCGUCAAGGAAGAGAUAAAGAGGAUCAAAUGCAUGGAGCCUAACAUCACACACAAACAAGCAUUCAGCACAGCUGCUAAAAACUGGGCUCACUUACCCAGAAUCCAGCAGAAGAGAGGCUGAGGGGUCCUCUACACUGAACUACCCCUGAAAACGGCAAACUGCAUAACAAGGUAAACAAAAUUGAUGGGCACGCGUAGGCAGCAGAUAGAUCCAUGUUUCGGGAGAAAUUCAAGUUGUAGCUCCUGCAGAUCACACUUGUAUCCGUGGAUGUUUCUGUUGCACAUCUCAAGCACGUGGUUCAAGAAUUCUUCUCUUUCAUAUGAUAAAUGCAGUAUAUGUCGUGUCUUGAGUCUUGACUUAGUUUAACAAAUACUCCA